AUCUGCUUUUUGCACCCAACUGUACCACUUUUUCAAUCAAUUUUUAUUUAAUGGUUAUAAAUGUCAAAUUAUUUAUGUUAGUUCUUAAAUUUCGAAAAAAUUCGAUAAGUACUUGUUAGAAUACUAUAAUAUGUCGAUGAAUCGAAUUCAAAAAUUAUUAUUCUCAGAAUAUUGUGACUUUGACGAUAUGGUUUUAGUUGAGAGUCCAUUUGCCGAAGCCACUAGAGAUGGUAAAGGAGUUCGACAAGUUAAUAUUGGUUUAACACCAAGUAAAUUAAUCAUGGCUAUGGAUGUUAUACCAUCUGCAAAUGAAUCCAAACCAUGGUGUUUACACAACAUAGACCCAGAAAUUGAAACAUUUGAAUUAAUUUCUAUAUACCCUAUAGAUUGUGUAAAUUUAAGCAUAUUUCGUAGAAAGAAAAGGCAAUCAAUAAAAGCACAUUUUUGUAAUAAUCGUAUCAAGUAUUAUGAAUUAGGUGGUUUCGAAAAGAGAAAAAUGUUCUGGAAUUUGUGGUGUGAACGUGUGAAAUUCCUUUCACCUAACGAUAUUACUUCAUCAAGAUCUGAAACGUCUGUAGGAUCUUCGUCAUCGACCAGCACUUUGUAUUUAAUCAAUGCGAAAACAAAAUACCCACGAAACAAAAUGCCUCAAAUGUGGUGUACUUUUGGGGCAGGUGAUGGUUAUAAUAUUGAACGCAAAUGGAACGAAAAAGAUUUGUAUCUUGGAAAUCGCUGGGAGCAAGUAUCAUCGCGGUUAUUUCAACCACUUCCUGGAAAUUCACUAACUAGUAUGAAAAAAAUAGAUGAGAAUGAAAAAAAAUUAACAACAAUUAAUGAAUCUUCUACAGUUGAAAACAUUUCUAUAAAUGAUAAAAUUGUGAUACCAGAAAAUGAAAAAAGCAUAUUUCGAGCUGACGCUAGUCUAAUAAAUAGUAACUCGAAUAAUGGAGUUAAACCUGAUAAAAAUUUAACAAAACAUGACAAAGUUAUUAACAAAGCAAUUUGUCGAUAUCAAAUUAUGCAAAUAGUUGAACAUGCGGUAUUUCAAUGGGAAAAUUCUCGGAAAAAUGAUAAUCAUACUGAAAUUCGUCAUCGACGUAGAUACGCUUUUAGUCCUCAACCACAUUUUCUUUAUGGUCUUGGUCCUUGGAAUGUUAGAAUUGGAGAACGGGAUUCUGUCCAGGCUAAAAGUGUUGUGUCUGAAGUAAAAAUCCAUCGUCAACCUCUCGAUCCUGAACUACGAUUGCCAGUAUCUAAACGGCAAUUAAGUGCUUCAAUUUCUGUGGAUUCGCUAUUAAAUAAACCAAAAAUGAUUAACACAAUUCUUGUAAAUAGUACAUGCUGGAAUCUUUAUCCUUCUGAUCCAAUAAAAUUAUUUUGGACUCCAGAAUAUUGGUAUAGACCUAAAUCACCUUAUGAUUUACAGAAUUAUAAAAAAUAUAUUGGCGUAGGUACUUUCCCAUUACCUGAUAAGCAUCGAUCAGAAACGUCCUUAGAAUAUAUGCGACGAAAGUUACAAAUAAAUACUAUGCUAAGUAUUUGGGAUUUUGAUUCAACAACAUUGGCAUAUCAAUUAACUAUUAUUGAUAGGGAUUUAUUUUUGAAAAUUAAAGAAAUUGAAUUGGGUAUUGUGGUUUGGCAGAAAUCUUGUAAAAAUGCUCCAAAUAUUUCAGCAAUUAUUGCAUUUUCACACCGUAUUUGUUGUUUAGUAACCACUGAAAUUAUAAAGCAAGAUAUUGAAAAGUUAAGAUCUCGAGUAAUAUGUCGAUUUAUUUCAAUUGCUGAUAAUUGUAAUCGAAUAUGCAACUUUCAAUCAUGUAAAAGUGUGUUAUGUGGAUUACAAAGUCCGCCAGUAUACAGAUUACAUUUGACAUGGUCUUACAUUCGACGAAAAUAUUUUUCUAAGUAUCAAUUAUUUGAAAAAUUGUGCAAAUUAUAUCGUGAUCCUCGCUUGCCAGCUUAUCAACGUGCUUUUUCUCAUGCCAAACAAAACUAUCCAUAUUUACCAUAUAUUGGGGAUAUAUUAUUUCAAUUGAUGGACAAGAUACCAAAACCAUGCAAAAAACAGCGUCGAAACUUAACAGAAGAAAAACAGCACUCCAUUCCAUUAACUGGGGAAGAAGUUAACAUAUUGAAAAAUGCUAAGAAAAUCGAAUCAUCUUCAUCACUGCCGAAUGUAUUCCAACGAUUUUUAUUAGCUUUCAUACCAUCGUCAAAACCAAAUCCCUACAGAACAACACUUGAAACUAUCAAACUACAGCAAGAAGCUAAACAAAAUAGUAAUCUUCGAUCAAAAGUUCUUCAUAAAAAAGUAUGCAAUACUCGAUCAAGAAUUAUUCAUAAUAAUGUAUGCAAUAAACAUAGGUACGAAGAGAAAAAGAAAUCGCCUUUUCGAUAA